UUCGAGGACUACUGACUUAUAUAAUCAGUUAUACCUAACACCGUGACCCCUUUAGUAUAGCGAAAAACGAAUAUGAGCAGGAGAAGCUCAUUGACAACCAAGGAAUUAAAGAGCUCUUCAUAAAUUGCGUACAACAGUUAUCUCCCGUAUGCGUGUCUGUGUGUGCGCAUUCUGUGUUACACAUUUUCUGAUUGUUAUGAAUCAUGGAACGACCGCAAUUGAAAUUUCACAGAUUAUUUGAUGAUUCACACGCGUAUAUGUAUAUAUACCUCACUUUAUAUAAUACUGCAUAACACAUUUAGUAUAGCUGUCAAAUAAUCUUUUUUUUUUUCCUUUUCUAUUUCCGUCAGAAUAAUGUUUAUUCGUUAGUUAUUGAAGCUGUCGGUGUUUGUUAUUUAUACAAAAGCGGAAGUUCUGGGUUCAAAGCAUGGCCACUCCAUCGUCGUCUACAUCGUCAAUAACAACAUCACCGUCGUCGUCUUCAUCAUCAUCAUUUUCAUUCCGAAAGAUCAACACGUUCGUUUUCUUCGACUUAGAAGCCACUGGACUGAACGAGACUGGAAACCGACCUAAAAUCACUGAAUUAGCUAUGAUUGCUGUAAGCCGGAGCGAACUAUCGUACACCCGCCCUCGAGUAUUAAACAACCUUCGCCUCUGUUUUUAUCCCAACAAACUAAUCGCUCCAGCUGCCUCUAAACUCACUCGUCUUUUCAAUGAUGCAUUGCAGGACCAAAGCAUCUUUGAUAUUAAUGCCUCUCAGCUUCUCAACUGUUUCUUAACCAGACUAAAGAAACCAGUCUGUUUGGUGGCCCAUGGAGGAAAUGAUUAUGAUUUCGGUCUCUUACAAGCUGAACUUCGUUAUGUGCAGGCAACACUGAUGUUGGAUCUUCUCUGUGUUGAUUCACUGAAGGCAGUGAAGGAUUUGGACACCAAAAAACCGUCUAUUAUGACCACUCCAACUAAAAACUCAAAAACGAUUCCAGUUACACCAAGAAAAGAACCAAAAAGAAAUAACGAUGAUCCUUCCCAAACCCCCAAUAACUCACAAAUUCAAGGAGUUGAUAAAGCAAAAACUUGGCUUUGGAAAGGUAUGGGCGACAGUGUUUUUCUGACCCCAAAAUCAAGCCCUGAAAAGGUCAAUAAUUCAGAUACAUACAAUUCAGAUGAAUCAUUGGUUGAUGAUGAACCUCGUUGUAAAAAGGACAAAAUCUCAUACAAACUGGGAGACAUUUACAGGCGAGAAACUGGAAGCGAACCUGUAAAUGCACAUUCUGCUGAGUCUGAUUCCAUGAUGUUAAUGACAAUUAUCAUUAAGCGUAAGGAUGAAUUUCUUCCCUGGAUGGACAAAUACUCUGCUCCUUUUUCUUCUAUAAGGCCUUUAUAUGAAUACAAUCAAAGAUAACUAUUAGAUUAUUACAUUAAUAAUUGAAGCCAAAAUUCCUAACUUGAUUCUAUGAGGUGUCAAACACACUUGAAACAUUGUUAAAAUAAAUAUCUAAACUGACAUCAGUGCUUCAGUAUACAAUUUAUAUCUAGCUUCUGGAGCAAGAUAUUGUCUAUACGUGUGCUGUUUUACUCAAUUGACAUAAACCUCUCAGAAUCACUGAAGUCUCUUUCUUCAUCUGUGAUGCUAAUUGUGUAACUUAAGAAUGACACAGACUACCGUUAAAACCAGUUUCAUUCAGUGAUAAACAUCCCGAUCAUCAAACUUAUUUCAUCAUCUUGUAAAUACAGAUUGUUAUUAAUCUAUUUUUCCUCAAAAAUCUGCUCUAUAUUUCUGUACCUCUUCCAAUUUCACUUUCAUUAUUCCAUGCAAGCUUCUACUGUCACAAAUUCCCAGAAUGUAAAUCUACCAUCCAUUGACGACUGCUGAGUUAGCCCUUUCAUUCACAAGAUUUCAAAGUCAAAAUAUAUUGGUACUAUAUAUUUUUUUAAUUUGGAAUUUGAGAUGACAUUGUUUUUGUUAUUGAGUGAUAUUCAGACCAGAACAGUUCUAAAAUACUUCAUGCCUAAAUUUAUCCAUAUCUAUCAACAAUAUUUAUGGAACAGAUUUCCUUUAUUAGCAUAGUAUCAUUAUUUGUUGUGAUUGCAAUGGAUAUUUAGGAUAUUGAAUAUCAUCUAUUUGGUAUAUCUUCUCUUAUCCUGAAAACCAGUGCUGUACCAUCAAAUAUUUAAUUUAUCUAGAUAUGUUAGCACUGGCAACCCAUGCAGUUUACAUAAUAGGUUUCAGAAAAAUUAGUUCUCAGUUGAAUCUUAACUGAAAACAUGACAACAUAUUUUUCUAUAUCUUCAUGUGAUAUACAGUAUGCUAACAUGAGACACUUCUGGUUAGUUCUGCUGAAUCUCCCACUAUGGCACAUGGUAAUUCUCUCUCUCAAUAUGAUAUGAGUGCUUGAUGCUUGUUCUACAAUAUAAUUUUCAGUUAUUACUAAAUUUUAAAAUGGAAUUUUUUUAUCUAUGACUAAAAUUUCAAUCAGAUUCUGCAAAAAUUCUUUAUUUAAUCAAACUUCAAUUCUCAAACAAAAAACAUAAUUUUGCUUGAAUCGCCUCCACCAGUUUAACAGCAAUUUUUAUAACAAUCAAUAAAAAUAGCCGGGGAAACUGUUCUCUAAACUAAUUUGUCUUAUCAACAGGGAAAGAAUGAUUAGGAACAUGAAUUAUCUUUGGUGGUGAUUUUUUUUUACAUUAGGAGAUUCUUUUGAUUCAGUGCUUUUAAUUUUGAUACAGUCUCAAUUUAAUUGACUUAAAUGGAAGAAUAACAGAAUUUCAACAUUUUGAAAAAUCCAUACUUUCCCUUGAGGUAGAAUUUUAGAAAUACAUUAAAGAAGCAUCAUUCAGUCAUCUUCAUUCACCAUCAUCGUUAUGCUGAUAUCAGUAUCAAAUAUAUACCUAGGCAUAUAACCCAG